CAGGAGCUAAACGAAAGGGGGAGAGAGAAAAUUCGCGAAUAUAUCCGAAUGAUCGUACGAGAAAAGAAUGACGCGAUGAAGAAUGCUUGUCAUACAUACACAAUUACACACAUUUAAUAUACAAUAUUACAUGUGUAUAUUAAUAGUGAAUUAUAACAAUAAUAAUUAUUGUGUACAUUACAGUAUAGUAUGAUGAUAAUGGAGAGUAGAUACAUGUAUUUUCUCUCUCAUAAAAAUUAAAGUUUAUAUUCAUUUUUUUUUAUAUUUGUCAUGUAUGUGUAUUAAAUGCAAUCGAAAUACACAAAUUUAUAUAUAUGUAUGUAUGUGUCCAUGUAACUCAGUGCUUCUUGUUGAAUAUUAAAAAAAAAAAAAUUAUAAUUCUUCGUAAAUGUUGUGUGUAUUUUAAUCAAUUAUCAAUGUUUUUUUUUUAAAUAUUUAUAUACUAUGUGUACAAUGUAGUAAAUGGCUGCUAAUCUUAUUAACUAAUUUGUGUUUUUUUUUUAAAUUUUUUUAAUCAUUUUUUUAACAUAAUUUCAUGAUAUACAUAUAUAUAUUUUAUUUUGGCAACUAAACAUUGUGAGUGAGUUGUGAUUUUAAGUUUUUUUAAUAAAUAUAUUAUUUGCAUAUUAUUAUUAUUUAUAUUUUUUUUUAAUUUUAUUUUUUAUACGUUGUGAAGUGGGCGACUUUAAGUUUCGAUUUAUUAAUAUUAAAAAAAAAAAUAAUAAUAAACCAGUGUUUUAAUAAUAAUAAUAAUAGUAGUGUGUUUGUAAAUGGCAGUUGUGCGUACAAUUUUGAUGGAGAUGAUUGAAAGGAUAAAUACAUAAUUAAUAUACUCAAAAAUAAAUAAAAAAAAAAAUCAUGGAAAUUGAAAUUGAAAUAUAAUAAUUAAAUUGAAAUCCUUCCCUGGGAUUUAAUUAUAAAAAAAUAUGGGAAGGUCUAAAUUUCCCGGCAAACCGCCGAAAACAGUUACGAGAAAAAGGAUUAAAGUACUUGGUGGAGCAGAUAUUAAUUUACAAAAGGACUCUGUUAUUCUUAUUGAAAAAUUAUCAAAUGGACUUUCUCUCUUUAAUAAUGCAUCUUGCAAUAAUGACAAGACAAAUUCUCCAUUUCAUGGUUUUAGCAGUAAAGAAGCAAAACUAUCUGCAUCAUAUAUUAAAAAUCAAAAAAAUGAUCAGCCAAGUGCUAACAUCAAUACAAAUGACAAUGAUAGUAGAGAAAAUAUUGGAGCUGAUAAAAAUACAAUUGUCAAUGUAUCAAAUACAGAUGAGAUUGUCAAAAAAGAUGCAACGAAAAAUUGUGAAAAUGAAGGUGAUGAUGAUGAGGAGGAUGAAGACGAAGAAGAUGAUGAUGAUGAUGACGAUGAGGAUAACGAGGAUGAAGAUAAUAAACCAGUUGAAAGAAAAAAAAAUGGUAGUAAAACGCAACAAUCGAACGUACUAAAAUCAGUUAAUAAUAUAUUAAAUAGAAAUCAAAGAACUAGACAGUUGCGUAAUAAUACAGCAAAACGUUUAUUAAGAAGAGCUAAAAUAAAUAUCAAUACAAAUAGUCGUAAUGGUAAUAAUAAUACAAUUGGUGAUAAAACAAAUACAAUCAGAAAAUUUGUACUACCAAUACGUAGUGCACAUUCUUCAAGAGUUAUUAAACCAAAUAAACGUUUUAUUGAAGAAUUAGAAACAACAUCUAGUCUUGAUAAUGAAAUACGUACUGAUACAACAACAUCAUCAUCAUCUAAAAAAGUAAAAACAAUAAUACAACAACAAAAUAAUGUUACAUCAAUUUGUAAAAAUAUUAAUAUAAGAGAUGUAAAAAAUAAAUCUAAAAAAAUUAUAAAAAAUAUUAAAAAAUCCAAAGAAUUAAAUUCAAAUAUUAAAAAAAUUACAAAUAAUGAAAAAAAUAAAUUAAAAUUAUCUGGUAAUAAAAUUGAUACAAUUGAUGUAAUAAAACAACAAGUAUCAUUGGGAAUUCUUCCAGAAUCAAAUAUUCAAGUAAUUGAGUCUUCCAAAUAUCAAACAAGAUCAGAAACAUCAAAUGAAUUAAUUCGUACUAAAAUUAUUGAAUUAAAUGAUUUAAAAAAAUGUGAUAAAAUAAAUAAUCAGAAUAAUGAAAAUAAUGAUAAUCAACGUUUGGAUAUAUCAUCAAAUAAUUCACAAUCAGAUAAUGAGAAUGAUGAUACUGAUAGUGGUAAUGAUAAAAGUGAUGAAGAACAAUCAGAAUGGACUGGUAUGAAACUUGAUGGUGGCAAAGUAAUAUUAAGAAAAGCUCGUUUAAAAUUAGAUGAUAAAAAAAAUGAUACUGUUGGUACUGAAGGACCAUUUUCAAUGAUAAAUCCACAAAAUACAACAACAACACCAACAAAUAUAAAUUCAACUGGUACAGUUAAAUGUGGUGUUUGUGGUGCUGUACGUUUUUAUAGAUUUGUCAAACAAGCACGUAAAUUUGGUGUACAUAGCUGUGAAUCAUGUAGAAAAUUUAUAAGUAAAAUGAUAAAACGUCAAGCAAAUGUUAAAACAAAUAAUACUAAUACUGAUGAUGAUGAUAAUAAUAAAAUUUUACAAUGUAAUAAAGGUGAUGGAAUGUGUUUAGUACCACCAAUUGUUAGAAGUCAACAAUGGAAUCUUAUGAGAUGUGUUUAUAAAACAAGAUGUCUUGCAUGUUGGUUGAAAAUGUGUUUAAAAUGUUACAAUAUACCAUUAACAUUAAAAACAGGUUUAAAUCAAUUAUUACCACCAUCAAUGAGAGAUCAUAAUGAUGACAGUGAUAAUAUUAUUUACCAAAAAAGUAUUGGAUCACAAAUUAAUUGGCCAGCUGAUGAAAGUAUGGAAACUAAUUUAUUCAAAUCUGCAAUGAGUUGGAGUGACAUUAGAAUUGGUAAUAAAUUUCAAUGUCAAAAUAAUAAUAAUAAUACUGAAAGUUUAUUAUCAUCAUCUAUAAAUAAAACUGAUCAAUCAUCGACAUUUUCAUUAUUAUGUAAUAAAAGAAAAAAAGAUAAUUGGAGUAAAAUGAGAAAAAAAAUUAAAAAUCCAUUGAUUCCAUUAUCAAUGCAGUCAUUAAUAUCAGUCACAACAAUAGCAGCAACAACAACAGCAACGACAACAACAACAGCGACGACAACUUCUUCAAUACCAAUUACAAUACCAGCUUCCAGUGUUAGUAAUCAAACAUCACAAAUAUUACGACAAAGAGUCGAUUUAAAAGGACCAAGAGUUAAACAUGUAUGUCGAAGUGCAAGUGUUGCUUUGGGACAACCAAUUGCAACAUUUCCAACAAGUGAUGUUAAAGAUGAUACAGAUAAUACGCCGAAAAAUUGUGUUAAAAUUAAAAAAGAUGUUGAAAAACAGGAUAAAAAUGAUAAAAUAAUUAUACAAAAUGAAAAAGAUGUUCAAAAAAUAAAUACUACUGAUAAUUCUAUAUGCAAUAAUAAUAAUUCAAAUGUUGUACAACAACAACAGCAACAACAACAACAACCGUCAUAUUUAAAAAGAAAUAAAAUACAAAAUAAUAUUUUAUCAUCUAAUAAUCAAUUGAUGAGAGGAUUGUCAAAACAAAUGAUCAAUGAAAUUCAUAGAAUAUCAAUUGAUUUUUGGGAACAAUAUGAUCCAGUUGAAGUUGGAGCAAAAGGUUUUGCUCUUGUUGCUUCAGAUCCUUUUAAUAUACCAGCAAUUUGUUAUCUUUGUGGAAGUGCAGGAAAAGAACCACUUAUUCAUUGUCAAUGUUGUGUUGAGCCAUACCAUGCGUUUUGUCUUGAACCAAGUGAAUGGAAUGCAUGUGCUCAACCAAACUGGUCAUGUCCACGAUGUACAAUAUGUCAAAUAUGUAAUUUACGAGUUGGUACAAAAUUAUCAUGUAUACGUUGUCGUCAAUCAUUUCAUCAUUCUUGUUUAUCAAAAUCUGGUGUUAAUGCAAGAUUAUAUAGUCCUGAUAGACCAUAUAUUUGUCAAAAUUGUGUUAAAUGUAAAAGUUGUGGUAGUGAAGGUGUUCAUGUUUAUGUUGGUAAUUUACCAUUGUGUUUAAUGUGUUUUAAAUUACGUCAACGUGGUAAUUAUUGUCCAUUGUGUCAACGUUGUUAUAAUGAAAAUGAUUAUUAUACUAAAAUGAUGGAAUGUAGUGAAUGUUCAUGUUGGGUACAUGCACAUUGUGAAUCUCUAUCUGAUGAGUAUUAUCAAAUAUUAAGUUAUUUACCAGAUUCAAUUGAAUUUACAUGUAGUCAAUGUUCACCAAAUUCAGAAUCAAUUUGGCGUAAUGCCAUUGAAAAUGAACUUAAAAAUGGUUUUAUUGCUGUUAUUAAAGCUUUAAGUAAAAAUCGUAAAAUGUCUGUUGCAUUAAACUGGAGUCCAAGAAAAGAAUGUCAAUGUAAAACAUUAUUUUUAUCAUCAUCUUCAUCUUCAUCGUCAUCAUCAUCAUCAUCUUCGUCUUAUUCUUCUUCAUCAUCUUUGUCAUCUUCAUCAUUAAUUUGUGCAAGAAGACUUGAUGAAUCAGAAGAAUUUAUUGAUAAAGAAUUUAAUGAUUUAAAUAAUACAAAUAAAAAAUUAAUGAUGAUUGAUCCUGAUGAUGGUGAUGUUGAUGGUGUUGAUGAUAAUAAUAAAAUUGAUCCAUUAAGUAGAUUUGAUUUUGAAAUUGAUGAUGAACCAGUUAGUGAUUAUCCAAGAAGAGGAUUAAGAAGAUUAAAAAAAAAAUAUCAUUUAAAAGAAUGUUCUGUUAGAGUUAAAAAUUGUAUACCAACAAAAUGUAAUCAAGAUACAUUAACAACAGAUAAUAUUGAUAAUAAUAAUUAUGAAUGUCAAUGUUCAGAUAUACAAAUAAUAACAAAACCAUCAUCAACAUUAAUGUCAAUUAAAAAAAAAGUUAAUGAUAAUGAAUAUAAAAGUGUUUUACAAUUUAAUUAUGAUAUGGAAAAUGUUAUUAAACAAGCUGAAUCAGAAGAAUUAAUACAAUCAUAUUAUAAAAAUUUACAAGAUAUAUUUCCAUGGUUUGAUAAAACUAAAAAUAAUAUAAAUAGCAAUUGUGAGAUAACAACACCAACAAAAAAUUCAUCAAAAUCAAAUCCAAAUUCACCAAUAUCAAAAUUGAAUUGUUCAAUUAUUGAAAUAUGGAAAGAAGAAGUAUUAAAAGCACCAAAAGCAAUUGCUGCUAAAACUGGAAAUAUUUAUUCAACAAAUAUUGCAAUGAAUGAUACAAGAUAUUGUGUACUAUGUAAAGGAAUUGGUGAUGGUUUAGAAAAAAAAGAAGGUAGAUUAUUAUAUUGUGGUUAUAAUGAUUGGAUACAUUCAAAUUGUGCACUUUGGUCAAAUGAAGUAUUUGAAGAAAUUGAUGGUUCAUUACAAAAUGUACAAAGUGCAAUAUCACGUGGACGUCUUAUAAGAUGUUCUGAAUGUGGUAAAAAAGGUGCAAGUGUUGGUUGUUGUGCUAAAAAUUGUAUAAGUACUUAUCAUUUUCCUUGUGCAAUAAAUAUAAAACUUGGUUUUAAUAAUGAUAAAACAAUUUUAUGUACAAUACAUAAUAAUAAUACUAAUAAUAAUGAAGGUGAUAAUGAUGAUGAUGAUGAUAAUAAUAAAACAUCAACAACACAAAAUUAUGAUAAUUUUGAUUUACGAAGACUUGUUUAUGUUGAACUUGAUAAAAAGAAAAAAAAAUUAAUUGAACCAGAUAAAGUUAAAGUUAUGAUUGGAUCAUUGACUAUUGAUUUUUUAGGUACAAUUAUACCAGAAUUUUCAUCAAUAAAUAAUGAUAAAAUAUUACCAAUAAAUUAUAAAUGUUCAAGAUUAUACUGGUCAACAAUUGAUCCAUUAAAAAUUGUACGAUAUUAUAUUAAAAUUUAUGUACAAACAUGUACAACUGAAGAAACAAUAAUUAGAAAUGAAAAUAACGUUACAAUUGAUCACUAUGAACAAAUUAAAAAUGAAAAAAAUGAAAUGAUUAUUGUAAAACAAACACUUGAUUCAAUAAUUGAUUCUGUUUAUAAUAAAGAAAUUGAUGAAAAUCUUGCUGAACAAAAUAAUACUGAUCUUUUACCACCAGAUAUAACUGAUGUUAUAUUUGAAGAUUUACCACAUGAUAUUCUUGAUGGUAUUUCAAUGCAAGAUAUAUUUCAAAAAAUGUCAUAUGAAGAUUUUUUAGUUAUGGAUUUAAAACGUGAUAGUGUAUUUGGUAAUGAUUUAUUAAAAGAUGAUGUAUCAAUAACAGAAAAUGAUUCAUUAGAUACCAAUAAAUCAAAUAAAAUUAUUGUUGAUCCAACAAUAUCUGAAUUAACAUCACAAAAUGAUUUAUGGCUUCAUCUUGAUACAAAAGGAAAUGUACAAAAUUUUGUUGAUGAUAUUAUUAAUUCAAAAAAUCAAAAUAUUAAUAAUUGUGAUGUUGAUGUUGGUGGCGGUAGUGGUGGUGUUAUUGGUGGUCGUGAAUUAAAACGAUCAAAAUCAGAAAUAAUUGGUAAUAAUAAUAGUAAUAAUCAGCAAAGACAUCAUCAACGUUCAUGUAGUUUAACUUGGAGUUGUAAAGUUGAUGGUACAUAUGGACCAACAAUGAAAAGAAGAAAACUACCAAGAUCAGCACCAGUAUCAAUAAUUGAUUGUCAAAAUGAAAAAUCAUCUUUAUUUCAUGAGCUUAAAAUACCAGAAAGUAUUAUGGUUGCAAUGGGUCGUGGUAAUACAUCAAAUUUAAUAAACAAUACAGAUAAUAAUCAUAGACAAGAUCAUAAACGACUUGUUUGGCAUACAAGAUCACAACCAAGAAUACUACAAGUUGAUGGAUCAGCUGAUACAAAUAGUGCAAAUGAAUGUAGUUCACCAGAAUACAAUAUACAAGAUAGAAUACCACAAAUUGAUGGUAUUAAUGAUGACAAUUUAUUUACAUAUAAAAAAAUAAUUAAAAAUCAUAAUAAUAAUAAUUUUAAAAUACCACAGCUUGAUGGUGCUGAUGAUAUAUCAAGUGAUGAUGAAAAUCCAAAAUUUAAUAACACUAAUAUCAAUAAUAAUAAUCAUAAUCAUCAAAUAAUUCAAGAUAUGACAAGUAUACAAAUAUCAAAUAUAAUGGAAAAUGGUCCAGUAACAUGUAAACGUUGUCAGUGUACAUAUAGAACACAUGACAGCUAUAAUCGUCAUCUUGGUAAUUGUGAUAUUGUUACAACAAGUGAUAGUGAUUCAGAAACAAUUGAUUCAUCAUUAUUAACAUCAUCACAAUUAAUAUUUAUGUCACCAUCACAAGGACAAACAAUGUCAUCUGAUUAUACAACAAAUUUAUCAAUUAAUUCACCAUUAGAAGCAUCAUUACCAUCACCACAUCAUUCAUCAAUACCAAUUGAAACAACAAUUGGACAGGCAACAUUAGUUGGACCACAAAUACAUGGACAUUCAACUGUUGAAACACUACAACAAACAGUAUUAACAUCAAAUGACAUGAUUGUACAAACACAGUACACAAGGACCAUGACAACCUUGCCAAAUCAAUCAGUAUUAUCUUCAUCAUCAUCAUCGUCAUCAUCAGACAAUCGUGUACAAAUAAAUGAUAUUAAUGAUACAAUAAUAAAUAAUAAUUGUAAUUUACCAUCAUCAGGUAUUAAUAAUAAUAGUAGUAAUAAUAAUAAUAAUAAUAAUAUUAAUAAUAAUAAUUUAAAUUUAUCAAUUAAUAAUACUUGUGGUAUUGAAGAAAAUCAUAUUAAUACAAAUCAAAUUAUGAAAAUUUCAAAAACAAAAGUAUCAUCACCAUCAGUUGCAAGAAUAUCAAAACAAAGGCCUAAAAUUAUAAAGCCUCAAUAUACAAGAAAUUCAAUAGAUCAAUAUCAUCAUCAUCAACAACAACAACAGCAACAACAACAAGUACAUAUACAACAACAAAAUCUACAACAACAGCAACAUCAAAUUGCACCUUUACGAUAUCAAACAAUACAAAAUACAACACCAGUACAACUUCAAAUACAACAAAUACCACAAAUACAUCAAACAACAAGACAAACAACUCCAACAGUUAUUCUUCAACAAGUACAACCAAAUGGUAUUAUGUCAGCAUAUGUUGAUGCAUUUCAACAACAAACAAAUCCAAAUGUUCAAUAUAUUACGACAAUUGGCGGACAAGAAACAGGCUAUGAGCCACAAUAUAUAACAACAAAUCAAUUAGUACCAGGUGCAGCUUAUAUACAAACUGGUACUGAUAAUAUAUUGACACUUCCAAAUGGUGGAAUAUCUGUAUUGCCAGGUGUACAAAUAACUCAGCCACAAUCAACAGUUUUAGGUACAAUUAUUCAACAACAACCAAGUGCAAUUCAAUGUGGUGUUAUUGCUUCAGAACAACUUGUAUUAAGUUCAACGCCAACAAUAGAAAUGUUUACUGAUUCAACUGGUAGUAUGUUUGUUUCAAAUCAACCAAUGUAUUAUGGUCUUGAGACAAUUGUCAGUAAUACUAUUAUGUCAUCAAGUCAAUUUAUGACAGGUGCAUUACCACAACAAGUAUUGGCAAGUAGUUAUCAAACAACAACUCAAGUAUUUCAAGCAUCAAAACAUAUUGUUGAUCCAAUUGUUGAUAUUCAAACAAUGCCAAAUGUAUCAGUAUCUAAUGGUGGUGGUGGUGGUGGUUGUGGUAAUAGUGGAACAAGAGUACAAACACUUUCCAAUGGACAAAAUAUAUCACCAAGUGUUACACCAGUACAAAAUAUAAUUCCCAGUGGAUAUGUUGUUGUUAAUCAACCAUCAUCACGUGAUCAACAAAUAUCAUCAAGUAUUAAUAUGCCAAUAACAACAACAACAACAAAUAUACAACCAACAAAUGAUCAAAUAACAUUUGUCAGACAAGCUUGCAAUACAGCACCAACUAUUGAACCAAUUAGAUCUACACAACAAACAACAAUAUUACCAUCAUCAAAAACAAUUCAACCAACAAUAUCAAAUAUUCCAAGAGUUGCUGUACGUCCAAGUCCAAUAUCACAUACAUUAUCACAAACAAAUCAUCCACAAUGGAAAAUAACAGAAUCAUCAACUUAUCCAACAGAUCAUAUUGUCAAUACAAGACCUUAUCUUGAUUCAAAACAUGUAUCAGAAAAUACUAGUAUGAUUAAGUCUAGUUUAUCCUCAAAAAUUCCACCAUUAUCAAGACAUUGCAUUAGCCACAAUGACAUUAUUCCAAUAUCAAAUAAUUCAACAACAGUCAAUCAUUUAAUUAACAAUUCACAUAAUAAUAUUUUUACAAAUGGAUAUUCAAAUUUAAAUAAUAAUCCAAGUAGCAAUCCAAUUAAUAAUCCAACGAGUGAUGGACAAAAUAAAAAUUUUACAAAUCCACCAAUGACUCGACCAAUGAACAGGGUAUUACCUAUGCAAGCUGUUCAUAUACCAAAACAUGAAGUAAAACCUUUACAAAAAAAUGACAUUAACAUUGAAGAAACAUUAAUUAAAAUUGAUAAAAAAUUAUUAAGUCCAGAAAUAAUAAUACAAGAUAAAAUUGUUAAAACAAUUGAUGAUGAAAUAAAAAUUAAAAAUUUUCAUACAACAAAUGAACAAAAUUCAAUAAUUGAAGAUAAAUUAACUAGUCCAAUUAAUGAAAAUACCGAUGAUAAAUUAAUUGAUGAAAAAUUAAAUAAAACAAUUGUAAAUAAUGAUGAAAAAUUAAUAAUUAAUGAUAAAAAUUUUACCGAGUCAUUGACAUCACAAUCACUUGAGACAUCUAUUGAAAAAAAUAAUUUAUUUGACAUUAAUAAUGAUGAAUCACUGAGUGAAAAAUUAGAGACUGAAAAAAAAUCAAAAAAUAUUAUUGAAAAAAUAAUCAUAAAUACAGAUAAUAUUGAAGAAUCAAAAGAAAAUUUACAAAUUGACAUUGACAAAGAUAAAACAGCUCAAAAUGGAUCAUUAAAAAUUGUACUACAAAAACAACUUCAAGACGGUUCGUACAAAAUAACUCACAAUAUUAAAUCAAUCAUCCAAGAUAAUAUUAAUUCUACUAUUGAUAAUAAUACAAAUACAAAUAAUAAUAAUAUCAACAUGGAAAAUAAUAAAAAAAGUAUUGAAAUAUUACCAUCAAAACAAACACCACAAAUUACAUCAGUUAAAUUAUUACCAAUAAAAACAUUUACAUUAAAAACAACAACAAAUAAUAUAAAUAAUAAAAAGCUUGAUGAUAAAAUAUUAUUAAAUGAUGAUAAAAAUUCUAACCUAAUAGAUAAUAAACAUGUGGGUUGUUUACCACCUGUUGCAGUUAAAAAACCAAGAAUCAUUGAUAAAACAAAUAAUAAUAACAAACCAUUAGAAUUAUUAAAUAUAAAUAAUUUUGAUAAUAAAAAAAAUGAAUCAAGUUUGGUAUAUGAAAUUAAAUCACAAGAUGGUUUUUCUUAUACUGCAUCAUCAAUGGCUGAGGUAUGGGAUACAGUAUUUAAUGCUGUACAAAAAGCAAGAAAGUGUCAUAAUCUUCCUCCACUAGCACAUAAUCCAUUGACUGAAGAUAUUGGUCUUGAUAAUAAUGCAACAAUUUAUCUUGUUGAACAAUUAUCUGGUGUUAAUAGAUGCACAAAAUAUAAACCAAAAUAUCAUAAUUUAGCACCACCAACAACUCCAGAUAAUGAUGAUGAUAUACUUAAAGAAUCAUUACAUGGUGCUGCACGUGCUGAACCAUUUAAACAACGUAAAGUACAUGAUAUGUUUAGUUGGCUUGCAUCAAAACAUAGACAACAGCCAAAUGUUGUAACAAUAAGUGAGACUGAAACAAGAAGAGCAGCAAGUACAAAUUUACCAAUGGCUAUGAGAUUUAGAAUACUCAAAGAAACAUCAAAAGAAUCUGUUGGAGUUUAUCAUUCACCAAUUCAUGGUAGAGGAUUAUUUUGUUUGAGAGAUAUUGAAUGUGGUGAAAUGGUCAUUGAAUAUGCUGGUGAAGUUAUUCGUGCAUCAUUGACUGAUAAACGUGAAAAGUAUUAUGACAGUAAACAUAUUGGCUGUUACAUGUUUAAAAUUGAUGAUCAUCUUGUUGUUGAUGCAACAAUGAAAGGCAAUGCAGCAAGAUUUAUUAAUCAUUCUUGCGAGCCAAAUUGUUACUCAAGGGUUGUCGACAUCUUGGGUAAAAAGCAUAUAUUAAUAUUUGCACUUAGAAGAAUUAUUCAAGGAGAAGAAUUAACAUACGACUAUAAAUUUCCAUUUGAGGAUAUUAAAAUUCCCUGUACCUGUGGCUCACGCAAGUGUCGUAAAUAUCUUAAUUAAUAUUAUUUUAUUUUAAUUAUAUUAAAUAUUAUUACCUCAACAACAAACACAAGCGAUAGCUUUUUUUAAUCAAUAUUUUAAAAAAUAUCUUUUACAAAUCACAAUCAACGUCAUUAUAAAUUUAUUAAAUUUUAUCAUUUUAUUAAUACAUAUUAUUAUUCUUUUAACAAUACCUCAAAGCUCUCAAAGUCUGAACAAAAAAAAAAAAUUUCGUUUAUAGAAAUCGUCUUUUAAAUUGAUAAUGAACAUUUUUUAUUUAAAAAUAUAAUUGAGAGAAUAAUAUCCAUAUUUUUUAACGCGAAUCAUGAAUAUAAAUUAAUUAAAAUUUUUUUUUUACCCAAUGAGGGAAAAUAAGCAAUAAUAUUAAUUUAUUUAAGUCCAUGCAUUAACAAUGAGCCCAGACUAUAAUAUUAAAUAUUUGACAUUUUUUUUUUUUCAUCUUUUAAACACCGUAUUACAGUUGAUAAAAUUAUUUACAAAAUUUUGCAAUACACUCAUAUAAAUCCGUUUAAAAAUGAAAAAUAAAAAAAAAAAAUUUUUUUUUUUUUAAAUUAAAAUUAAAACAAUAAAUUGUAUAUAAAAAAAUAAUAAUAAUAUUAAUUUUAAUGCAUAUAGAUAGUAGAGAUGCUUGAUAAUGAAAAAAAAAAAAAAAAAAAUUAUGUAAACAUUAUGCCUUACCGUAUUUUAAAAUAUAAUAUCGCGUAAAUAAUAUUUUUUUUUUUUUUUAAAUUAAUAAAUUUUUGUUUUUUAAAUAAACCAAUAGUCAAAAAAAUAUUUUUAAUUUUAAAUCAAUGAAAAUUGAUGAAUCUAAUCAUGUUAACAAAUUAAUAUUAUUUAAAAUUAAUUUAAGAUAAAGAAAAAAAUUAUUAACAAACGUUUUAAUUUUAAAUAAUUAUUAUUUUUAUAUCUACAAAUAUUGGUAAUGAUUAAAUCAAUAAUUGUAUAUUAUUAGAUUUCUUUUUUUUUAUUAAAUAAUGAUUUUUAUUAUUUUUUUUUUUCGAUAAAUUUGAAGAUAAAAAUAUCUUCGUUUGCCUUAAAUAAAUAAUUAGUAGUUUUUAUCUACGCUUCAACUCGGUGAUUGAUAUAACUAAGAAUAUAAAAUAUUUUAUAUAAUAAUUAUAAUCAAGAUCUGUUAAAAUUAUUUAAUAUUUUUCUUUUUGUCUGGAUGACAUUGAUCAUUGAAUUUUAGCAAUUUAAAAAACCAACAAUGUCAGCCAAGGUUGUAGAAAUAUUUUCAUUUUUUUUUUCAAUUUUGGUGCUUAUCAACACCGUCAAGUGCAC